AUGGGCCAGGUGUUCUUCCCCAACGGCCAGUGUAAAGAGCGCUGUGUGUGUAACAAGGAUGGAGACGUGGAGUGUAAUGUGAAGUUUGCCUGUGGUCCCAAUGAGAAGUGCCAGGUCCAAGACGGGGUGCAGGCCUGUGUACCCAUGAGCACGGGCACCUGCCAUGUGAGCGGGGCGAGGAGAUUCCACUCAUUCGAUGGCAGCUGCUUCAGCCUACACGGGGACUGUGUGUACAAAAUGUUGGAGGUUGUGGAGAAAUACGGUUCGAUGGCUCCAUUUGUUGUGUCAGUGCAGCAGUUGACCAAGAUGGAUGAUGCAAUGGUCACCAGGAGGGUUGAAAUACAGGCCUACAAAUACAAGAUAUCUAUGUCUCCCCAGAGUGAUAUGGGAAAUAACGGUAGUUUUCUGUCUUGA